AUGCGGUUCUCGCAAUCCCUCGGCGCUGCGGUGCUUGCAUUUGCGACGGCUAGCUCUGCUGCCGUUUCGGUCUCGCCUCACGAUGUCGAGCUUCGUGCUGCGAAGCCGUUGGUCGAGUCUAACAAACUCCGUCGCCUGAUGACCCGCUCGGCUCUCCUUGCCAAAGCAAAGACCCUCGAGGGCAUCGCCUACGCGACUCCGGGCCGCAACCGCAUCAUCGGCUCCCCGGGCCACGAGAACACCGUUGCCUGGAUCACCGGCAUCCUGGACCAGUACAAGGACUACUACACGUACUACUUGCAGCCGUUCGGGCUGUCCAUCGGUGCCGGCGCCACGUUGAGUCUGGGCGGCGUGAGCACGGAGGCGUUUGCGGUGGAUUUGGCGCCCGCCGGAAACGUGAGCGCGCCUGUCGUUGUGGUUGCUGCUUUAGCUUGUGAGCUUGCCGACUUCCCAGCUGACACGGCGGGUAAAAUCGCCCUCGUCCUCCGCGGUGACUGCCAGUCCGGCAUCAAGGCCCACAACGCCUAUCUAUCGGGUGCCGUCGGCAUGAUCGUGUACAACAACGACGUCGGCACGCUCGAGGGCUACUCGUUACAGAUCCUAGUCGGUACCGGCGGACCGUAUGUGCCUACCGCUGGCAUUACGGAAGCGGAGGGUCUGGCCUUGGUUGCGAGACUCAAUGCUGGAGAACAGGUUGUUGCGAGUUUCUCGACGAAGACGAGAAAUAUCACUACGAAUAAUAUCGUGGCGGAGACGAUCGAGGGAGACCAUGAUAAUGUUAUUCAUAUCUCGGGCCACUCUGAUUCGGUUGCUGCUGGCCCCGGUAUCAAUGACAAUGGCUCUGGCACUAUCUCCAUUCUGGAAGUUGCUAUCCACCUUACCAACUUCACCGUGAACAAUGCGGUCCGCUUCUCCUGGUGGACAGCCGAAGAGUCCGGCUUGUUAGGUGCCACCUACUACGUCUCCGCGCAACCCCAAUCCGAGCUCGACAAGAUCCGGCUCAUGCUCGAUUUCGACAUGAUGGCGUCCCCCAACUAUGCCUUCCAGAUCUACGACGGCGACGGGUCGGCAUUUGAGGAAGCCGGGCCCUCAGGCAGCGGUGAGGCGGAGCUCGAGUUCCAGCGUUUCUUCACAGAGGAGAUGGGGCAGAACUUCACUCAAGUCCCAUUUGACGGAAGAUCAGACUAUGGGCCAUUUCUGGACGCGGGGGUAGCCACGGGCGGCAUCUGCUGCGGCGCCGAGGGCGUCAAGACGGUGGAGGAGCAGGCCAUGUUUGGCGGGCAGGCCGGCGUGUGGUACGACGUCAACUACCACGGCGUCGGGGACAAUGCGAGCAAUGUCGACGUGGGCGCGUGGAUCAUCAUGACCAAAGCAAUUGCGCAUAUGACGGCGACGUUUGCGCGGAGCUUUGAGCUGCUGCCUGCGAAGACGGAGGCGAAGAAGGGGAGUAGGGCGAGCGAAAGGAGAAUGAGCGAUAAGGCUGUGGGUAAGACAUGGGGUGUUUAG